GUCUUAGUUAAUCUUACACUCUUAUUUCAAUCUAAAUUUGCCAUAUAUAUACUGUGGAAGGGAGUUAAGUAGGUCCUAUUUCCGUGUGUACAGUGUCCAACCUUCAACCUCUGUUUAUUGCCUCUGUUUGCCUAAAUUAUGUGCAGAAAUUCUAGGGUUGUGAGAAGUCUUCAGCCUGGCUGCUCACCCUCCAACCAGUACCAAGUUGCCCUCAUUUGUAUGAUUGGAAUAUCAUGCGAUGUAUUCUGCCACCGAUUAAUGCUUUGAGGGUUUCAAUGGAAAAUUGCUCUGCCACGUGCUACUUUCUGAGAACCCCUCGGUGGCUACCCAUAAUGUGGAUAAAAUUCUGGAAAUCUGAAUAAGGGUUCUCCUGUGAAGUCUGGAUGAAAUUAUGAACUUGAAUUUGUGCAUCAUGUACUGAAUCAUUAUUUACUUUUUCAGAAAAUGGCAUAUAUGUUGGGGGAUUACCGCCAGAUACUGUCAAAGAUGAUCUUGCUGGUGUGAUCAAGUUUUUGGGUAGAGUGAAGAAUUUUGACGUUGUUGAGGUCAUUCGAUGUGAUGAUGUUUACUGGUUUGGAUUUGUUCACUUCCAGUCUGCAGAUUCUGUGAAGGCAGUUGAGGUUCUAAAGCUAAUGGAUGUCAAAGAUCUCAGACUUUCUCAUGUCAAGAGUCAUCUCCAGGGUACCAUUGAUCAUGGUCUAUGGCUUCAGCCUACACCUAAGGCGACAUGUAUUAUGGCAUAUUCAUAUGCAGAUUGGGCUGGAUGUCAUGAUACUUCUCGCUCUACAACUGGUUAUGCUAUUUUUCUUGGGCCAAAUCUUGUGUCUUGGAAAUCCAAGAAGCAACCUACUGUCUCUAAAUCUUCUACAGAAGCAGAGUAUCAUGCUAUUGCUUAUACAGUACAGGACACACUCCACAUUCGGUCUAUUCUAUUCGAGCUUGGCUUUCCUAUCACAUCACCAGUACGUUUGUUCUACGAUAACAUCUCUGCAUCCUACUUGACAACGAAUCCUGUUAAGCAUGCACGGAGUAACCAUAUUCAGAUUGAUUAUCACUUUGUUUGUG